AUGGCAGAAAAAGCAUCAGGAGCUACUCAAGCUCCUCAAAAGUCCUUAAGACCACCAUAUGAGCCAUCAGAUUUCCUUGUAUCAUACCAAGAUCAACCGUUUGUUAAAUAUACCAAUUAUCCAGUUGAUUUUUACAAUUCGUUAAAGUCGACAGACUUCACAGGAGCAUCACAGUUCAAAGGAAAGAUGCCACUGAAGUCUUUAACAGCGCUUGUUAAUGAAUUUAACGCACUUGACUUAAAACAAUUGAUUUCAGAGCCAACGCCAAUGAUAAAAGAGUUCAUAGAAUACGCUAGAAAUCAAUUCGAGCCUGAUUCAUACAAAUACAUCGUCAAUUUCUUUCAUCCUUUGAUUGUUCCAGAUAAUACCAAAAAAUUUGUUCUUUUCAUGGUUAAAAUCAUUCAUCUCGUCAAAGAACCAAAUAAAGUUCUGACAUGGUGCACGAAAUGCGUACUUCCACCAAUAUUCACAAGACAAACAAAACAAAAUAUCGUUGCCAUCUCAAGAUGCAAACAAGGCAAGAAACAGAACUUCUGGGCAGUCUUAGACUCUGACAAUAUGUUCUAUUUCUACGAAUUCAAAGGAACAGACUUCGUUGAAAAAACAAAGGGCAAAGUUGCAUUGAUUUCUCAAGGAAAGGACAAAUUAUCAGUUGAUAUUACAAGCGGAACCAAAGUUAUCUGA